GGUUUAUAAAUUUCAAACUAGAGACAGAGAGUUUGUGCCUAGCUGGAGAAAGAGAGAUAUGUGUACGUUGGAGAAGCGAGGCAGUGUCUUAAUCCUCACGAUCACCGGCUCAGGUGAGCACCGGCUAAACCCGACGCUGAUCGACGCCAUUCGGUCGGCUUUGAGUCGAGUCCGAGAGGAGCCAAGCUCCCCGUGUUCAGCUCUGAUCACUACAGCCCAAGGAAAGUUCUUCUCCAAUGGCUUCGAUCUCGAAUGGGCCGGAUCAUCUCUCUCCAAGCGCCAGCUCAUGUCCGACAAGCUUUUCUCCCUCGUCACCGACCUCAUUUCCCUCCCGAUGCCGACCAUAGCUGCUGUUUCGGGCCACGCGUCCGCCGCCGGCUUAAUCCUGGCUUUAAGCCACGACUAUGUGCUUAUGCGGAAGGACAGGGGGUUUCUUUAUAUGAGCGAGAUGGACAUUAGACUUGUGAUCCCGGACUGGUUUGUGACUGUCCUUCGGAUGAAGAUCGGGUCACCGAAGGUGAUGCGCGAGGUGAUUAUGCGAGCGGCUAAGAUCACGGCGACGGAGGGAGUGGAGAUGAGAAUCGUGGACUCAGCGCACGGUAGCGCUGAGGAGACGGUUGAGGCUGCGGUUAGAUUAGGGGAGGAGUUGGUUGGGAGGAAGUGGGACGGACACGUGUACGCUCAGAAUAGGCUGGCGGUGUCGAGGGAGCUGAGAGAAGCUUCGGAUAGAAUUACUUCUGGACCUGAUGAAACAGUUGGCGGUAGCGAGGGAAAUAUUGGAUCUAAAUUGUAAGGAUGGAAUAGUUCUCCUGGUUAUAUUACACAAAUGUCUUGUCAAAUUGUACUUUAAUUAUAAAUAUAUCUUAUUUUGAAACAACAAUGGAAAUGUUCUUUGGUGUUA